AUGGACCCUUCUGAUACCGAACAGCUGAUCCAGCGCUGUAUCCAACUAGCUUCGGACUCUUCUACACCGACUUCACCAUCUCGCCAGCAGAAUUCCGGCCUCGUGGCCCGACUUCCCUAUGGCCAUCCACUGAUUAUCGAGCUAAAGCGCAACUACACUCACCUUGAAGCUGUUCUUUUUGCAGCUACUGCAACAGGCUCUUUCCAUGUCGGUCUCAUUCAAGCUCUUCUUGCUAGACUUCUAAACUUUUUGCCUAUCACACCAGCCCCGCCACCACCACCUCUGCAACAACUUUCACAACCAUCCGUUAUAUCGCCCUCUCUGCCUCCGCUUCCUCCGUUACAAAAUAAUCAUUCCUCGUUGCAGCCACCUCAGCCCCCAAUGCGCACAACACCAGGCCUUGCGUCCCCUAAGGCCUCGCUGUCAGGUCCAUUGCCACUCCAGCCAGUAUCGAACACUUUAUCCCUGGGUUGUACUUCUGCUCUAUUUUCACCAUCACUUCCGACCAGCGGGGCCACACUCCCACCUUUUUGCACUAGACAGCCACAGGAGAUAUCUAAUCGUACCUCCGUAUCUAGUGCUAGCAGUGCCGACAGUUCUCCGUUGGCUAGUUGUGGGGGUCAAGCUGCCGGGUCAAUCAUCAGCUCUAGCUCUGGUGCCUCUACUGCUACUUCCAACUCAACUGCCGCAGCUGCAGCAGUUGCUGCUACAGAUGCGGCGACAGCAAACCUGACUCCCGAACAAUGGAAACUGGUCAAACGGAGACAUAUGCUUCUGAAUGAACUGAUCACAACAGAGCGUGUCUAUAUUGAGUCUCUAAGACAAUGUAUGAGUACUUAUCGAGCAGGCUGCAUUCAACCUCCGAGAGCCGACAUGCAGAUCCCUUCAGGUAUUGUUGGCAAAGAAGCUAUCAUUUUUGGUAAUCUACCUGCUUUGCUAAGCUUCCAUGAAAGCACUUUUGAACCAGCAUUAGCAAAAUAUGUUUCCGAUACAAACACUACGAAGUUGUCCUCUCUCAAUCCGGUAACUGCGGUUGUCGGAGGCCUGCUACUUCCCGAGGACGUAGGACAUUGCUUUGUGACGCAUAGCAAUUCACUUGCCAACCUCUAUGUUGAGUAUUGCGUGAACAAUGUGGAAUCAACUAAACUGGUGAUUGAGGAAGCGCAGAACUAUUUCCACACCCUACAGUUACACUACACUCUCUCAGAACCACUGCAGUCCUACCUGAUCAAACCUGUGCAACGGAUCACCAAAUAUCAGCUAUUGCUAAGAGAGCUGCGUGAUUGCUGCGAGACAGGUUGCCAGGCUGAACUUACUGAGGGUCUCGAGGCGAUGUUAGCUGUUCCGAAGCGUGCUAAUGAUGCUCUUCAUCUUUCAAUGCUACAGGUAGUUUUGGCUAAUUAUUAG